ACCCAAAUAUCAUUGAUACCCCCCCAAAGGCCAUCCACUUCUCACCACUCUUCUCCCAAUCAAUUGACCUGCAUACAUCCAUCACACCUCCUCGCGGUCAUGUCUGCGGCGGUCAACCGAGGUCUCAGGACAGCUUCCCGAUCAUUGCGUCUCCAAUCGCGAAGCGUCCGCCUGGCCACUCCUCUCCGCGCCGGUCUCGCCUCCACUAACUUUGCCGCCCGCUCCGCACCUCAACAAUCCCACAACUUCACCACCUCAUCUGCGAGACAGAGCGCCGCACCAGCCAUGGCCGAAGCGAGAGAGUACGAUCCUGAGAUCAAGGACAUUGCCAACUACGUCCAAAGCUACAACGUCGAUUCCGAGCUUGCUUUCGACACCGCACGAUGGGUUUUCCUCGACACUCUCGGCUGUGGUCUUGAGGGCCUCCGCUUCAAGGAGUGCAGCAAGCUCCUGGGUCCCAUUGUCCCUGGCACCGUCGUUCCCAAUGGCCCCAAGGUCCCUGGUACCGACUUUCAGCUCGACCCCGUCAAUGCCGCCUUCAACAUUGGUGCCAUGAUCCGUUGGCUCGACUACAACGACUGCUGGCUCGCCGCCGAAUGGGGACACCCUUCCGACAACCUGGGUGCCAUCCUGGCCGUGGCCGACUGGAUCACUCGUACCAACAAGGCCGGCGGUAACAUUGCUGGCGGCAAGCAGUUCACCAUCCGCGAUGUUCUCGAGGGUAUGAUCAAGGCUCACGAGAUCCAGGGCUGCUUGGCUCUUCUAAACUCCUACAACAAGGUCGGCCUCGACCACGUUGUCCUCGUCAAGGUCGCCAGCACUGCUGUUGUCUCCAAGAUGCUCGGCCUCAACGAGAAGCAGAUUGCCGACGCUGUCACCCAGGCCUGGGUCGACGGCCAGAGCUUGCGCACCUACCGUCACUCCCCCAACACCAUGUCCCGCAAGUCAUGGGCUGCCGGUGACGCCUGCCAGCGCGCCGUCAACCUGGCGCUCAAGGUCAUGAAGGGCGAGCAGGGCAUUCCCACCGUUCUGUCUGCCCCCGUCUGGGGUUUCUACGAUGUUCUCUUCAAGGGAAAGAAGUUCGAGUUCCAGCGCCCUUACGGCAGCUACGUCAUGGAGAACGUUCUCUUCAAGGUCUCCUACCCUGCCGAGUUCCACUCCCAGACUGCCGUCGAGGCCUCUUCCAAGAUUCACCAGCAGCUCAAGGCGAUGGGCAAGUCGGCGGCCGACAUCAAGGGCGUCACCUGCCGCACGCACGAGGCCUGCAUCCGCAUUAUCGACAAGCAGUUCAAGCCCAUGGACAACUUUGCCGACCGUGACCACUGCAUCCAGUACAUGGCCGCCACCAUGCUCGUCUUUGGCCGCCUCGAGGCUACCGACUACGUCGACGGCAGCGAGGCCGCGACCUCCCCUCUCGUCGAGUCCCUGCGCCAGAAGUUCAAGUGCGUCGAGGACCCGCAGUUCACCAAGGACUACCACGACCCCGCUCUCCGAACCAUCUCCAACGCCCUGACUGUCGAGUUGAACGACGGCACCGUGCUCGAGGAGGUUGUCGUCGAGGCACCUCUCGGUCACCGCCUGAGAAGAGAGGAGGCCAAGCCCGAGAUCCUCAAGAAGUACAAGAGGCACUUGGAGCCCCACUUCGAUGCCGGCAGGGUCAAGCAGCUUGUCGACCUUGGCCUGGACCCCAAGAAGUUGGAGGCCACUCCUGUGGAUGAGUAUGUCGAUCUGUAUGUUGCCAAGGACAGCAAGUUCAUCUAG